AUGGAGGAGGAGGGAGAGGAGGAGGAGGAGCAGGAUAUGGCCCAGGGCCAGAAGAGGGGGCUAGAGGAGGGCACCACCCCAGCCUGGAACAAGAGAAAGGUUGAGCUGAAGGGAGACAAUGCUAAGAGCAAAGGGGACAAGGAAGAGGACAAUGAGGAAGAUGCCAACAAGCAAGAGGACAACAAGCAAGAGGACAACAAGCUUUUUAAAUACAAGCUGAGAUAUGCACAUACAGAAAUGGAACAAUGGUGA